GCUACUUCCUGUGUGUGUGUGUGUUUGCCAUGACUGGACUUCCACUGCUGUGUUUACAUCAGAAAAUAACGAGGAGGACAGCGAAGGCACCAAGCUAUACAACGAAAUGAGUCCGAGGUAGAACGGUAUUCAUAUGACACAGACCAGAUAUGGCUGCUGAUGUGGAAGUAAAAAGUCAACCACUGGACAGUAAACUUAAAGGCAAUCAGCUUUAUCUCUGACUGCACCACAGCUGGAUUCAAAAACAACACACAUUUCAAAAUACAUCCCACUGGCUUUGAAAUGGAGCUGGAGACCAGGAGAGACGUGAAUAACCAAAGUCACAAGGACGAGCCUGAUUCUUGGCACACUUCUGCAAUGCCCCCUGGCUGGAUGAAAGAAGUGAGACAGCGGAAAGCGGGCAAGACAGCAGGCAAGCUGGAUGUCUACAUUACAAGUCCCCAGGGGCAGAGGUUCCGAUCAAGAGCAUCCCUGCACGCCUUCCUCCUAAAAAGUGGGAAAGGGAAUUUAGACAUUAGCCUCUUUGAUUUCACCACAUCCAAAGAUGAUGUCGCCUCUUCUUCACAAAUACUCCCUUCCAGAGUAAAGCAAGCGAGACGAAAGAAAAAACAUGCAGAUGUACAGCAGGAGAAAAGAGAAGAUGUAAAAGAAAUUCUGGAUCCACCCCCAAAUAAAUUUAAAAAGGCCUCUUUCUCCCUUGUAAGUGAUCCUAAAGACAGAAACAUAGAGAGUGCAGAAGAUACUGGCCAUAAUGAAGUAGAGAAGAUCACACAAGUCUUAGAAGUUUGUAGAGACAAAAUUGAUGAGGCUGGCUGCUCACAAGCUGCACCUUCAGGAAAAGUAGAUGAUCCAAAACUACAGAAGAGCCCACAGAGAGUGGGGCUGCUGAGAGAGAAGCUACUUCGACUGGCACCUUCCAGCAAUCAAGAAAGCAUCAUCAUUGUUCACAAGGAUGAACAGGCAGACUCACAGCCUUCAGUCCCAACUUUAAAAGUUGAACGUGAAACUGAGUGCGUGAACGAAGGUGAGGAUGAGCCAGACGCAGAUGAGAUACAGAUUCACAGCAAAGGUGACGACAAGCCUAAUUCUGAACUGAAGGCUGACGUUGACAGUCUUCAGCAUGUGGAAGAGGAGGUGUUGUUAGCUGACAUCACAGAUGGGAGCUGUACACCCAUCAGGGAGUCCCAGAAUAAGUCCAAGAGUGUAGAAGACAGACGCAAAACAAGCCCUUACUUCAGUGGGAAACCUCUCAGAGAUGGACUUGCCGCGCCUAGGAGGAAAGCGUUUAAGAAGUGGACGCCCCCUCGGUCUCCCUUCAACCUUGUACAGGAAACCCUUUUCCAUGACCCAUGGAAGCUCCUGGUGGCCACUGUUUUUCUCAACAAGACGAGUGGCAAGAUGGCCAUUCCAGUGUUGUGGCAGUUCUUUGAGCGUUACCCAUCUGCAGAGAUGACCCGGCAGGCCGAUUGGAAGCCCAUGUCUGAGCUAAUGAAGCCGCUCGGCCUGUAUGAGCUCAGAGCCAAAACACUCAUCCGCUUCUCAGAUGAAUAUCUGACUAAACAGUGGCGCUACCCUAUUGAGCUGCAUGGUAUUGGGAAGUACGGCAACGACUCCUACAGGAUCUUCUGCGUGGGAGAAUGGAGACAGGUGACACCUGAAGAUCACAUGUUAAACAAAUACCACGCCUGGCUGUGGGAGAACCACGAAACACUGGGAAUCUGAGACAUCAUCAAGUAUGAGAAACAAGGACGCAAGGACAAUUUGUUGUGGUACAAAAAAACAACAAAAAAAAAUCACAUAAACGUUGCAGUUAUGUAACUCUAUUAGCAUUAUGAUAAACUUGCAGUUUUAAAGUUGUUGCUACAAAAUUAUGCAAUGAUGUUCCAAGAUAAGUCUUUAAAAAGUUUUACUUCAUGUUGAAUAAAAAGUUUUAAGUGAUUUAAAAGUUGAAA